AUGAACAUGUCUCCCUCAUCCACAACAACGUCCCCCACCAGCAAAACCAAGAGCCUCGACAAAGCUCCUGGUUCAGACGCUCCCGUCGCUAUUGUGCGGACAGAGCCUCUGCCGCCGCCGUCGCUGCCUGCGAAGCGCGGGGUCUCUCUGUCUAAAGCGGCGACUUCGGCAGAGCAGAAGAAGGCCGCGCACCGGCCAGGGAAACCCAUCAUCAACUGGUUCCAACGCAAGCUCGGUGCUGGGAGCUCGCUCGUCAAGCCGAAGCGUGCAGAAAACCAGCCUUUGGUUGGCCAAGGACGGGUACCCUCAACGAUCCCUCUCCGGGUCUCCAACCGCAUUUCCUCUGCACCUUUACCUCAUGGCGGUAACAAGCAUCUUUCGAAGCUAGAUGCGGCAAAGAGGAAGACGAUAUCUUUGAACGAGGAUGACGACGGGGAACUAUACGUGAAUGACAUCGCCUCUGAACGUUCGUCGCUUGCAGGCUGGUCUCCAACGAGUGCACUCGAGGCAGACGAGGACGCUUCGGUGCGGCCGCUGCCUCCCAGUGUUCCCCCGUCACCAUCUCCCUCAUCGUCAUCGUUCGCUUCGGACCCACGGACGUUCCGGAGCCUCGCAGCGAGCACGAAGCCGACGACGCUCCUCAGCAUCGAUCUCAACGGGAACGGCAUGGCGCACAUCGCACAAGCGCCGCCCGCGCCUAUCAGCCGGCUGCACGUCCGCUCGCCGUCGACAAGCACGUCGCUCAUCGGCGCGGGCGUGACCUUCUCGGCGCUCCCGCCCUCGCCGACCAGCCGCGCACACCACUCCCACAGCAACUCGGGUUCGUCGCAGAGUGUCGGCGGCGGCGGUGGCGGGGGACUGUCGUCCGUGCAGGCGCCACUGCACACAUCGCACCAUCCGCGAAACAACCCGCGCCCGUCAUCGCCGCCGCAGGACAACGCGUCGGUGCUGACACUCGCAUCGUCUGCCUUCGGGAUCCCUGUGCGCGCGGCGGUGGCGCAACAUGCGAACACGGCGUGGAGCUCGGGCCCACCGUCCGCGCUGGCGGAUUCGAUCUCGCACUUUGGUGGGAGCAUCACGUAUGCUGAUGCGGAGAGCACGAGCCAGUAUCUGCUCGGGGACGACGAUGUCGAUGCGAGUGUGCGGGCGCUUCGGCCCCGGAGCUCUCGUCGAGGGAGCUGGGAGAGUGAAGCCAGUCGCUGGAGUGCACGAGGCGUAGGAGCAGGCACACCUUCGCUCGCUCGGGACGGAAGGAGUAUAUGGACAUCACAGAGCACCCGGACCGGAGGUGUUGGUGAUAUGUAUGAGAAGUCGGAUGCGGGAGGCGACGAAAACGAGGAGGAUGAGGCCCCUGAGAACGACGCCCACAGUGAUUCUGGCUCCCAGACCACGCCUGCUAAAGAAGCUGCCCAUCCUUUGACUGUUCCCCUUCCUCCCAGCACUGAUGACCUGACAUCUUGA